UUUAUUUUUAGAGGCUGGAUGUUGAUGAGAGAGAAGACAACGCAAGAGGGUGAGAAAUAACAUCACAAGUGGAGGAAGGAGGGAGAAAGAAAAGUGAAGAGGGACAGCAAGGUGGCCGGGGCGUUGUGUUGGUUCCUCUGUGCUUCAGGAGGCUGCAUGUUGGAGAGUCCUUCGUCCGAGAGAGCAGGAGAGAAAAAGGGGACGUAACCGCACCAACCUUUCACUCGAUGGGGGAGCAAGAGGGUGGGUGUGGGGUCUCUGGAGCUGCUUCCUUAUAAAAAGCCAAGCCUGAGAACACGGCACCACAAACUCACCACACACACAUACACACACACACUCACAGUGGCUGCUCUGUAUCUCUCAUGCUCACCCACUCUCAUUAUUCUCUCCCUCUCCCUCCCUCUGUCUCGCUCCCUCUGUCUCUCACUCCAUUCCUCUGGGCUCUGCAUACUUCUUGCUUCUUCUCACAAGUCACAUUGUGUUUGUAAGUACGCGCUGAAUGUCUCCCUGUGUAUGCUUGGGUUUCCUUAAGUCUUUUUCUAUGUUUGAGUGACUGCUUGCCUACUUGAGUGUGACUGAGUGGAGCAGUGAGCUGUAUUAAGUGUAUGUGGGUCUCUGUCUCACCCUCACACACUCGCCGCUCCUCUUGCAACUCUUCUUGGGAUCUCCGGAUCCCUUUCCUCGGUGGCAGGCUCCCCACACUAAACAGUCACCAUUUCCGCCCCCGGGAGACCCACGCUGGCUGCGCAGCCCCUUCCCCGACUCAGCAUCGGGAGGAAGACCCUGGUGGCGGCUGCUGUGGGGGUUAUGCUGGUCUUGGUGCUGGUGGUACUCAUCCCUGUGCUUGUCAGCUCCGUGAGUACAGAUGCCAGCCACUACGAGAUGCUGGGCACCUGUCGUAUGGUGUGCGACCCUUACUUAAACAAGGGCACUCCGGCCAGCAGCACCAGCUCCACUGGUCUGCAGGGUGAGGCAGAGGCACUGACUGACCACAGCAAUGUUCUUCCACCGUCCACCCUGCAGCAGGGCCCACAGGGAAAGCCUGGCAGGCCAGGAAAGCCCGGACCGCCUGGACCACCUGGACCGCCCGGACCGCCUGGUGAACCUGGGCCACCAGGACCAGCUGGGCCCCCAGGUGACAGAGGGGAUCAUGGAAGGACUGGGAUUUUGGGUCUGGGGGGUAAUGGAGCUAUCAGCACAGCCACCUACAGCACAGUGCCCCGGGUGGCCUUCUAUGCCGGGCUUAAAAACCCCCAUGAAGGUUAUGAGAUCCUAAAGUUUGACGACGUGGUCACCAACCUUGGCAACAACUACGAUGGCAUUUCGGGCAAGUUCAUCUGCAGCAUACCGGGUACAUACUUCUUCAUCUACCAUGUGCUGAUGAGAGGAGGGGAUGGCACAAGCAUGUGGGCAGACCUCUGCAAGAACGGUCAGGUUCGUGCCAGUGCCAUUGCCCAAGACGCUGACCAGAACUAUGACUACGCCUCAAACAGUGUCAUCCUCCAUCUGGACGCUGGCGAUGAGGUGUACAUCAAACUAGACGGAGGCAAAGCCCACGGCGGCAACAACAAUAAGUACAGCACCUUCUCUGGCUUCAUCCUCUAUGCAGACUGAGAACAAACAGACACAGAGACUGUCAAAACGGAAGAUACUCAGAGAGUUUCAUGACAAAACGGGGGUAAAAGGGGGGAGGCUUUGUGUGUGUUAAAAAAAGCCAGAAUGCUUUCUAGUUUUCCUAAUUCUCUCCAUCAUCACAGUCACCUCUGCUUCAUAUCCAUCAGCCAAGACAUCCAGGCUCCCGCGGCCAAAUCGGGAUGGAAAGCUCCCCGAGGACACACUGAGACCAGCUAGCAGGUGGCGUGGGAGGAGUGGGAUGUUAGAUGGGCUGGUUUUCCGCACCCCUUGCCACAUUACCGAUGUGUCAGAAGCUCCUCACUUACAGUGUCUCUCCUCUUUAGCCCUGCUCCAUUGCACAGAGAUAUCAACAGAAACGACAACCCUGCAAAAGUGGAUGAUUUCACCUCUUUAUUCCACAGCGGCAGCAGUCAGCUGUCCCUUCAGAGGACUGGACUGACUGGAACUUGUAGUGUUGUUCCGUGCAAAUUAACCUAGAUUGUGUUUUUAUUUUGUUGAUAUGCAUACUAUUCUGCACAAAAGAGAUUUAGAAAAAAAAAAAAAGGAAUAUAUUUGUCCCUUGUGAAGAUAUCAUGUUUGAAUGAGAGAUGUUAUUUGUGAUGCAUAUAAGAGAUCUAACAGCUGGAAAAAGAAAUAUUUAAAUGAAGACUUUAAGUAUUUUAUUGCAGUGGGUGUUUUUCCUUCAUCAUUGGGUAUUACAAGGUAUCUACUGUAUAUUUUAUUCAUGUGGAGAAUAAUUAUACAUUCUGCACUUCCAAUAUAUAUGGAAAAGGUAACAUCUCGUAUAGAUAAUGCCCCCUCACACUGUUUCUUGCACUGUCACACAAUGUCCUGCUUCUCUUUGGAUUAAAGCAGACUUUAAAUAAUCCUUUCAUUGUUCUGGCUUCGUGUUGAUGCUCCAAUUGGCACAACAAGCCAGGUGAAGAAGUUAAAUCUUAAGAUUCAGGGGUCGCAUAGCACUGAUCCCUUCCUCUUCUGUGCCAUGCUGAUCUCUAAGCUUUCUUAGGCAGCAAAAAAAAAAAAAGAAAGAAAGAAAGAAGAAAAAAUAAAUGGCUUUUGAUGCAGAGGGCAUAAGGAAGAGUCCACCAGAUGGGGUGGUAAAGAAGGCGCUGGAGCAGUGUAACAGUGAGUGCGUAAUUUUUCGGUUUCAGUGUUUUUCGCUGGAUGUCAUCCAUUCAUUUGCAGCAUAUACACUGACAUAAAAGCAUUAUGGUAAGAUCUGUUCAACAUAGUGGCCUGACAGCUUGCGUGAGGAUGAAACUGAUAGGAUGGGUGAAUUUGCCUCUCAUGACUGCACGCCUGAGAGGGUGUUCAUGUGUGUGUAUGAAGGGAGUACAUGUGCAUAUCAGUGCGUGUUCGCCUUUUAGCAUGUGCUGCGCCACAACUACUUCAUUUUUCUUUUCUCCAGAGUUGCAGUAUUCUGUGCAACAACCAAUGGCAGAUAUUUAACUCGGCAGCCAAUGAGAUUGUGCUCUGUAGGGUGGAGCCUCUAUAGAUGCGGAGACAAGAACAAACAGCUUGUAAUUGAAAUCUAUGACUUGUUUAUCUUAUCUUUUGGAACUGUUGAAUACAUUUAAAUAAUAAAUGGGAUUUUUUUUGAGUGA